AUGUCACAGAGCAAACACAGUUGUGAAACUCUUGGUAAUAAGGUUGAACUAAUACUGCUGGUGAUUUAUUCCAGAUUCCAGGUUAUACUGGCAGGGGUGGUGGCAUUAGCUGCGGUGACGUCAGCAUGCACACCCAGCGUUACCACCGUGAGCGGUUCUCAUGCACCCAUCACCGUGUGCUCCGGGGCACUGAUAUUCGCUGACGACUUUGAGUAUUUCGAUCUAGAGAAAUGGCAGCACGAAAACACAUUAGCUGGAGGCGGUAACUGGGAGUUCCAGUACUACAGCAACAACAGAACCAAUUCGUUCACAAACAACGGAAUUCUAUACAUUCGUCCGUCGCUGACAUCAGAUCAGUUUGGUGAAGGUUUUCUGUCCAGCGGUCGUCUGAAUGUGGAAGGAGGGGCUCCUGCCGAUAGAUGCACAAAUCCUCAAUGGUAUGGAUGCGAACGUCAAGGCUCACCAUCGAAUAUAAUAAAUCCUAUAAAAAGUGCACGACUUCGUACCGUAAACUCCUUCAGCUUCCGCUACGGACGAUUGGAAGUACGCGCCAAAAUGCCUGCUGGUGAUUGGCUGUGGCCAGCAAUAUGGCUCAUGCCAGCGCACAACGUAUAUGGCACAUGGCCUUCAUCUGGAGAAAUAGACUUGGUAGAGUCCCGUGGUAACAGGAACAUGUUCAUGAAUGGAUUGCACAUUGGUACCCAAGAAGCGGGCUCUACCCUUCACUAUGGCCCUUAUCCAGAACUGAAUGGAUGGGAGCGUGCACACUGGAUCAGAAGAAACACCAAUGGAUAUGACAGAGCCUUCCAUCGCUACCAACUCGAAUGGACACCUGAUUUUCUAAGGUUCAGUAUAGAUGACCUGGAAAUAGGACGUGUGACGCCUGGUAACGGUGGAUUCUGGGAUUUUGGUGGAUUUAGCCAAAACAGAAACAUUUUGAACCCGUGGAGAUUUGGUACAAAAAUGGCACCCUUUGAUGAGAAGUUUUAUAUUAUUAUGAAUCUGGCCGUUGGAGGGACAAAUGGAUUCUUCCCUGACGGUAUCGCAAACCCCACCCCUAAGCCUUGGUGGAACGGAUCUCCAACAGCUGCAACUGACUUCUGGAACGGCCGCAACUUUUGGCUUCCCACCUGGAACCUCAACGUUAACGAUGGACAAGAUGCUUCCUUACAAGUAGAUUAUGUGCGGGUUUGGGCAUUGUAAAUAAAUUAAGUUCCGCAGAAUAUUGUAAAUUUAAUCAUAAUAAAAUGAAACAAACUAUUAAGUACAACAA